CCCGCUCCAUCCCGUCCUCGCGCAGGAAGAUCGAGAGGGCUUGUUUUGUCUCCGAAAUCAUUUUAAGACUCUGCCCCCUGGAUUUCUCCACUGGAUCGCUCGGCGGGGAGUCACGGCUCGGAGGAGUUUGCGAGGAAGGGAGGAGGGUCUGCGAGGAGGACGCGUGUGUGGCGAGGACACUCCCAGAGAAAGGGCUCUUGUUUUGUUUUGUUUGGGGAAAGGAUCGCCGUCGGCUCUGAAGCCGGCCGCCCCUCCUCCCUUGGAGAUCGGCUCAGGCUUAGCAAAGAAAGGGAGAGUUACUCGGUGGAGAUCACACACACGCGCGCUAAAGCACUCCCCUUUCUCCCCCCCCCCCCGCGCGCUUUUGGGCGACUUUGGUACUUAGUGGUCGGCUCUGAUUUCGGUUUCGCUUGUUCACACUCCCGCCCGCGGGGAAACGCACUCACGCCCUUUUACGCCCUUCUUUCCUCGCUAUUAUGCUGUUGGACUAAGAUCGCCUUUUGGCUUCGCAGGCUGGAAAAACAAAAAGGCGGCGGCGACAGUCGGGACUGGGAUACGUCGGCGCCUCUCCUGCCCGGCUCAAUGAAAUCGGAUCGGAAUAAAAAGUGACUUUCCUCCACCCCGGAUUUAAAGGGAAGGAAGGGGGAGGGAGGCGCGCGAAUCUUUCCUCCUGAGCUCUGCUGCUGCUGCUUUUUUCGCUCCCCGAAGCGGCGCACCGAGAGUCCAGCGGGAGGCGGACCGGCGAGCGCGCAGCCCGCGAGGCGCUAUGGCGAAGCUGGGGGGAGCCCAGGUGGCGGCGGCGGGAGUGCUGCUACUUUUGCAGUGCUUGGCGGACCGGCUGCAGCUCAUCGGCGCCCUGAAGUCGAAGCAGAGUCACGGUGCAUUUUAUGAAAUGGUUCCAAGCUUUCCUCAAGUGGAGGAGAACAUUCGCGUGGACUCCUACAGAUACAGCCACAGAUGGAAACGGCAUUCAGAGUUCCUCAAGUCAGUUGACACCAACAGAGCCAGUGUGGGGCAGGACUCCUCAGAACCUGGGGGCUUCACAGAUCUGCUGCUUGAUGACACACACGACAACACUACCCAGAUCGAGGAGGAUAUGGAUCACAAUUAUUAUACUUCAAGGACAUAUGGCCCAUUUGAUUCUACCAGCCGAGAUCUGUGGGUGAACAUUGACAAAAUGGAGAAAGAUAAAGUGAAAAUUCAUGGGAUCCUCUCCAACACACACCGGCAAGCUGCAAGAGUGAAUCUAUCGUUCGAUUUUCCAUUUUAUGGCCAUUUCCUGCGUGAAAUUACUGUGGCAACUGGGGGUUUUAUAUAUACAGGGGAAGUUGUGCAUCGAAUGCUAACAGCUACACAAUACAUCGCACCUUUGAUGGCCAACUUUGACCCUAGUGUGUCAAGAAACUCGACUGUCAGAUACUUUGAUAAUGGUACUGCAUUGGUUGUCCAGUGGGAUCACGUACAUCUACAGGAUAAUUACAAUCUGGGCAGUUUCACAUUUCAAGCAACACUUCUCAACGAUGGGCGUAUCAUAUUUGGCUAUAAAGAGAUUCCUAUCUCAGUGACACAGAUCAGUUCAACCAACCACCCUGUGAAGGUGGGCCUGUCAGAUGCCUUUGUGGUUGUCCACAGGAUCCAGCAAAUUCCCAAUGUCCGUAGAAGAACGAUAUAUGAGUACCACAGAGUGGAGCUUCAAAUGUCAAAGGUUACCAAUCUGUCAGCUGUUGAGAUGAUUCCUCUACCCACCUGCCUCCAGUUUAACAGCUGUGGGCCAUGUGUCACAGCUCAGAUUGGCUUCAACUGCAGCUGGUGCAAUAAACUCCAAAGAUGUUCCAGUGGAUUUGAUCGUCAUCGGCAAGACUGGGUAGAUGGUGGAUGCCCUGAAGAGUCUAAAGAUAAGAUUUGUGAGAAGAAUGUAGACACGACGCAAAUGCCUCCUCAUACCACUAUCCAGCAGACAACAAUGAGAUUCAGAGUUUUAACCACUACCAAAGGAGCCACGACAUCCCAUCUGCCAACUAGCCUACCCACAGAAGAUGAUACCAAGAUAGCGUUACACCUAAAAGAUAAUGGAGCCUCAACAGAUGACAGCGCAGCAGAGAGAAAAAGCGGGACUCUUCACGCAGGUUUAAUUGUUGGGAUUUUCAUACUGGUCCUGAUAGUUGCAGCGGCAAUACUUGUGACAGUUUAUAUGUACCACCAUCCGACGUCAGCAGCCAGUCUCUUCUUUAUUGAGCGUCGCCCCAGCAGAUGGCCUGCAAUGAAAUUUCGGAGAGGCUCUGGACACCCUGCUUAUGCCGAAGUGGAACCUGUGGGCGAAAAGGAAGGCUUCAUUGUGUCAGAGCAGUGCUAGGAUUUCUAAGGCAGAUCACCAGUACUGGCCUACAGGUGUGAGACAUUUACGCUGCCUCUGAUGAAAGAGAUGGAAAUCUAAGCUGCUGUAAACCCGAGAGAGACGGAAUGGAGUUCUGGAUAAACUUUCUCCAAGGAAAAGUGUCUAGGAUACCCGAUUACCCUUUCAAAGAUAUUUUUUGCCCCCCUCACAGCAAAUCACCAUGCCAUGUUUCAGUAGCACCCUUCAGAAACACCUACAGUAGGAGAAUGAUGAACACAAUUGCCAUGCUCUCUAGGUAUCGGAGAUGUAGAGUGAUUCGGGAUAUAAAGCUUUAGUUCAGAACAGUGCUUCCCUUCUGGAUCCAGUGCAGUGACGGUGUUUCUAUUCCAGCUGUUACCGGUGGGUUAUCCUUUCAGCCCCAGAGGCAAUGCUCCUCGUUUGACAAGGCUGCUGGUGAGAUCAAUCUGAUGCAGAUAACAUAGCUAAGCAGUUUUCUGCAGUUCAUGAGUAAUGUAAUUUUCAUUUCUAAAAAUAAAAUUAGAAAACUCCACCCAAGUCCAGAAACAUGAUAUACAUCUGAAAACAACAAGAGUCCUUCUUGUAUUCUGUAGGCUUAUAUCCCAUGAACUGUGAUUAUUAUUGUUUUGCUCACAACUAUAUUUCUAUAGUUGACAAAGCAUUAGAGAGUUGUCAGGGGUUUUUUCUUAAAAAAAAAGAAGUGAUAAGGUUUUUCACUAUGGUGAAAUUGGGCUGUCCUGCUGGAAUAUACAGAGAAAUUGGACUAAUAUUCAGUUUUGAUCUUCACAAAAGUGAGAUGGAGUCAGCGUACGCUCGCUUGGGAGUAAGUCACUUAGGAGUGGCCAUGCCUAGUAUUUAGCUGAUAGUUUCAGGGAUAAUGCUUAUGCUCCUGAAAUGUGGAUUGAAACAGAAGUGGUAGAUGUAUUUGGCUGAUGCCAGAGGGGAAACAGCCUUGAAACACAAAAAGAAAUUAUUACCAUUUUUAACUCUUCCCAUUCUGUCACAGGUCACUUGAGAACAGUGCUGUUGGUUCCACCACACCCUUCCCCAAGACAAACAUUAAAUGUGUUGCAAUCCCUGCAGAUUCAUGUAGAAGUAUUGUUUAAUGCACAUAGUAGCUGCAUACAUACAUACAUGCAUAUAUAUAUAUAUAAAUACAUAUAUAUAUAUAUAAAUCUAUUUUUUUUAUAGCUAACACAAGGCAGGCUCUUGUGACUGUUAAAGAGUGCUUUUUUUGCCAUCCGGACGAUGGAAAUAUAUUGCAUUGCUGCAUAUUUCCACUGAGUUGUAAAAUAAUCCUUAAUAUUAAAAUAAGAUUUUAUGUUGUAUAGGGAAAGUGGUUCAUUUAUCUGCAGUGCUAUAACUUUGCCUGCCUCUGGAAGCCACAGUUUCUUAAACAACAAAACCCUUUCCUUCCCUGACUGGGAAAGAUAAUAUUUUUUUAAAGAAAACUCCCAGUGAAAUAUUCCUUUGGAUGGAAAGGGGGCAAUAUAUAUUGAGCUACUAAAAUGUCUAUUCAGAUUUUGUAUGGACAUUAUUGCAUUGUGAAACCCAUUCAUUAAUUUCACCUUCCGUAUGAACAGCAGCACUUGAAUCAUAGUAGUUUCAGGUUGUUCAGAUACCUUUUCAGGUCGCACCUUUAUAACACGGUUCUUUACAUUUUCACAUCAAUACUUGUAUGGUUCUGGUUUUUUUAAAGGGAGGGAAACAAAACCUCCAUGAUUUUUACUUGUUAUUUCCUUCAGUAAAUAAUACAAUACUGUA